AUGAACACUCCGCCGAAGUUCUCGCAUUCACGGCAAGGAUCCAUCGAGCACAACGUGCCGACGUCGUCUGCUGCGCAUCUCCAGCAUCCGUCGCUUUCCGGACACGCCGGCAGCGGAUCUCACAACCCCGGCAAUCACUCUCCUCUCACAUCCUACGGGCAUGCUUUGGCGUCUUUAGCCUACCCAUCCUCGUCUUACUCACCCUACCGCACUGGUCAGACACCUGUUUCCGCAUGGGCUACUUCCAACCUGUCCGCUCUUCACAACGGCAGCGCACCACCUUCCGCGAAGAGGAGCGAGAGUAGGGAAGCAGACGGCGACGACGAGGAAGAUGAUGACGAUGACGAUGACAACAGCGUUGACUCGGACGACGAUGAUGAUGACGAUGAGGAGGAAGGGACCGAGAUUGAGGACGAAGCCAAUACCACAGCCAAUAAUGGCAACUCCAAAGGCGCCGUGAACAAGCGCAAACGCUCAGCAUCACCCAAAGGAAAGGGCAAAAAGGCAAAUGCCGGCAAGACGGCAAAUGGGGACAAGGCGAAUGGCGGCAAGGAUGCUAAGGGUGGGACACCUGGCAAGAAGCAGAAGCCAACCCGUGGUGCGCGCGCUUGUACCAACUGUCGACGUCUCAAGAUGCGCUGUGUAGGUGCUGAGAAGGGCCCACCGUGCAACAGGUGUCGCAAUGGCAACCACGAAUGCAUCUUUGAGGAGAGCAAUCGUGGCAAGAAAGGCGGCAAGAACCAGAAGGCAGAAGCCAUGCAACAGAGUCUGCGCAAGAUGGAGCAGACCCUCGCAACUGUACUUCGCAGCAUCCGAGACCCCGGUCUUGCAGCCCAGCACGGUGGCAUGGUGACACGCAGCCCUUCGCCGGAACGAUCCUACAAAGAGACGCAGCGUUCUGAUCCUCGUCUCACUCACUCCAGCUCUUUCUCUGGCGGCGACUUUGGUCCGCGUUCGCCUUGGACUCGUGUCGCGGAUCCCUACUCAUCACAUGGAACACACGCAGCCUCGCCCGCUCGCGCUAGUGCUGAUGGUGCCAGCCCCGUUAGCACCAUCAACCCGAAUGCUGUCGCGCAGAGGAGCGCCUCCUCUACUGAUGGCAGUGUCCCUUCACCUGCUAACGCGACAGGCACGCGCUUCCUCGAGCCUUUGCCGCAUCUUCAUCGCCCGCAGUCGCGCACAAGCGCCCAGGGUCCUGAUGGGCAGCGCAGUCGACCCUCGCGUGGCUCUCCUCGUCUCCAUUCGCUACCUGACAACACUCUCAAUCCGCUCGGUCUACUUGCCGAGGCCAGUCUACACAACACUCAUCGCGUCCGCAAGCUCGCCCGCAGUGGCGCCAGCAACAAGUCCAGCGAGAAGGAUAGCCAAAAGUCAGGAAGCACUGGCGGUCAGAGCCCAGACAAGACCAUCAAUUCUGAGGGCGGUGAGGAUGGCUCACCCAACGGCGAAGGUGGAGAGCAAGAUGAGGGCAAACGCAAGAUCCCUCUUGGUGUCGCUUCACAGAACUACUUCCGUCCUGGUCCGAUGACCAUCUUGCCUCUUCGUCGAAUCAUUAUUGAACGUGAGAUGCCUCCUGAGCUUCUCACCCUAGGCAUUGUCUCGUCCGAAGAGGUGCUUGAUCUUUUCAGCAUCUUCUUCCGCCGAUGCACGCAGCACGUUUGUCUCUUAGAUGCAGAAUGGCACACGCCGACCUUCAUCUGCAGUCGCUCGCCUUUUCUUUUUACCUGUGUCUGCACUGUCGCAUCCAAAUUCUACGAGAAACGCCCCGAUCUUCACUCCAAGUGCCAAGCUCUCACUCGCAAGGUCGCGUUCGAUGUCGUCAACCGAGGAUUCAAGUCUAUCGAGAUCGUACAGGGCUUCUUGCUGAUGGCCAUGUACGCGCAGCCAGCCGAGCGGUUCGAGGAGGAUAAAACCUGGAUGUACUCUGGAAUAGCUCUUCGUAUGGCUACCGAUCUCAAUCUGCACAGGAAGAGCGUGGCGACUUUCAACCACACCCCGCACCCGGAUGACCCGGCUGUGCUCGAUCGCGAGCGAGAAAUUCUCAACCGUGAGCGCACGUGGUACGUCUGCUUCGCUCUUGACCGCGGGUUGAGUAUCCAGAUGGGUAAGCCGUACACCAUUCGAGAGGAUUGGAUCAUCAGAAAUUGCCGAAAUUGGGGAAGCAGGUUCAGUCGGCCUUGGGAUCUUUCUGUUAGCGCUGUGGUCGAUUUGUACCGUAUCAGCUCGAGGCAGCUCGAUUUCUUGUAUUCCUCGACUUCUUCGGUGUCGGGCCUCAACACCGAGAUCGAUUACUCACUUGUGCUGCCUGUCUUCAACGAGCAGUUGCAGGAGUGGAAGGAGGAAUGGCGAUACCGUGGUCUUUGGUCCAUGCCGGAGGAAGGUGAGGAGUACAUCGAGAAGAAAAGACGACGAUUGACUCUUGCUGCCAAGAAGGCUGCUGUGAAGGACAAGGGUAAAGGCAAAGGCACCAACAAGGAUGCAUCUGCUGACAACGCUGCUGGCAAGAAAGACGCAGCGAAUGGUACGGCGACCGACAAAGGCUUCAGGUACGAGUUCGACGAUGACGAUGAGGAUGCCGAGAAUCUCGAUCUCAACACUCGCAUUAUGAUCUUCCACUCGAACUCGGCGCCUGUUCGAUACAGCUUUGCCGUCCUUGUGCUCAACUCGUUCGGUCUGCAGCAAGCUGUUGAUCACCCGAUUGGUGCCAGUUUGGACCGAGCGCAGUACUUUGCCAAGUGUCUGGAGGCUGCAAGGACGAUCGUUGUUCAGAGUACCGGACCGUUGCGUCGCAACAUGAGGUAUGCUCCCGAUGCGCAUAUCUUGACGCUAGCUUAUGCAUGCGUUUUCCUGCUCAAGCUGAUCCGACCUGCAUUCGCGGGUUACGUUGAAGAGGAGUCGAUUUUGACGUUGGUGCAGGACGCGGUAGAUAUGCUGCAAGAGGUGGCUGUUAAUGAGACGCACACUCCGCACUUGUAUGCGCAGUUCCUGCGGGCGUUGUUGCAGGCGAAGAAGGAGCACACUACAGCGUCCAAGUCCGCUACUGGCAGUCGAGCUGCUUCUCGUGCUGUUUCGCCUGAUGGAAUGCAGGUUGAUGGCGAAAACAACGAGACGGCUCAUGGCAUAGCUAACGCGCAAGCUGGUAUCGGUGGGUCUACCCUUCCCACCACCAGCGCUACAGUAGAAGGCAACAUCCAUGCUACCCUCGACCCGCACUCAGCAGAGUUCGCCUCAGGUGCAGCCUCCGCCCCCGCCGCAGAAGGGAUAAACGUCAACUGGCCCUCUCAGAUCUUUGGCGCAACUUCAGGCAUGGAUGACUUCUGGGGUUCCCUUCUUCCACCUGGUUUCAGCCAAACCUCGAUGCACGAUCUUUUCGGGGCUGCCACUGUCGAUGGUACUGUCCCCAACGGCUCUCAUAUAGCUGCUGUGGAAGGGGAGGUGGUAGAACCGAGCCAACACGCGACAAAGUUCGGUAUGGGCGGUGGUGGAGCUUUUGAUUUCGGAGGUGGAGCUAUUGGGAAUGGAAAUGGUGGUGUGCCGUUAAACUCGGCGGCGGCUAACGCGGCGUUGGCGAGCUCGAUGAGUAUGACUCCAGUUGCGAGUGGACAUUUGUCAGGGGCUAACACGCCUCAUGGUUUGGGGAGCAGGUCGAGGAGGACAAGUGCUAGUCAUUGCUUGAGUGGAUUGAGUGGGGUUAAUUUUGAUUUCUCCUCGUAA